AUGGCAUCUGGUUGGGUUCCGGAUACAGGUCCCAUCGAGCUUGCUGAUGGCACUCUAGUCUGCGAAGCUCAUCAUCAAGAAAUCUGUGGCAUCUGUUGCUGCGACUACAGCUUCAUGCGGGAACUGCAGGAAGAUUCUGGAAAUGAUAAUAAUGACAAUGUCGAAUCGACCUCUCACGCUCACUCUGACGACGAAAUGGAAUACUCGGGGGACUCCUUUCAUUCAAUGGGUGACAAUAUCCGCCAAGAUACGCACACCUCCCGCUCCCCAGACAGAUUCAGAGAACCCCUCGAAUCCGACCCCAUCCCCCCCCCAUCACCAAAUUCGUGCCUCCCCACUACACCGAUACUCCCAGCAUGCUUUUUCGCCCCGCUAACCGCUUCAUCCGUCGUACCAACCCCCACGAAAUCCUCAUAUUCACCGACGGCGCCUGUCUCUCCAACGGUCUCUCCAACGGUCUCACCAACCCUCGCGGCGGAUGCGGAUUCAUCAUAUCCCCCACUCAACCGCGCCGAGCUACGCGCCGUGAAUGCCGCGCUUGAACUUCGUCACUGGCAAGGUGAUAACAUGGGUUCCUGGAGCCGACUCAUAAUCGCCACGGAUUCCGAAUACGUAGUGCUGGGCGCUACGGAGCGAAUCCGCAGCUGGAUAUCGAGGGGUUGGCGAACCAGCACCGGAUCACCGGUCAAGAAUCAAGAUUUGUGGAAGAGAUUGAUAUAUCGGAUUAAACAGUUGGAUAUGCCGUUAUCGUUCACAUAUCCUCCACAUGGUGCAGCGGUGUCGUUCUGGAGGAUUCCGCGGGGAUGGAACGAAGAAGCGGAUGCAGAGGCGAAGAAGGGGGCUGAGCAGGAGGAGAUGCAGGAGUUUACGGUGAUUCCUGGGGUGCUGCUUUGA